CAUUAUACAUGUUUUGUUUUGUUGUUUUAUUACUUUUAAGACAUAAAACACUGGUUACUGUACCGUAAAAAAUAAAAGUUCUGGCAAUUUUGAGAUUGCAAAGUUGUUACUGAUGUUCCCUUAUAUGAAGACUAUUGUAUACACAGAUUCUCAUUUGGUUUAUAAGGACCUUUUAAAUGGAAAAAAAACAUUAUAUUUUAAUUGAAGUUAAAUAUUAAUAAAUUCUAGGUGAUAGGGACACGAUCGGGAUUGGAUGCCGAUCCAUCACAGGACAGGUCAUUCGACACUAUGCUCUUCUAAUCACAGCCAAUUUAUACAGUAGAGGAAAUACACAUACGCAUGGUGUGUCCCAUUGAAUGAAAUACAAUAAGAUUUAUAGACACACAGAUCCAUUCACCCACCUCCACCUUCAUAGCUAACAGCUUCUGGUCCUGUGAUCAGAACCAGAAAAUGGACUAGAUGAUGAUUAACACACAAGGUGCAUAGAAAAAGCUUUAAUCUCUCUAACUGUAUAACUACAAGCUGAAUUAGAGCUUUAGCCAUGUCUGUAUCAGGCAGCCAAACUCUGAGGCGCUCAGACAUGCAGCGGCAGUUGAAGGAAGUUCUUAAUAGUCUGGAAAAAGCACACAAAGCCGACAUCCAGACCUACAUCUCAGGUCACCUGGGUCCUAACAAACUCGUUCAUAGAUCACUUAACUGCAGGCCAUGCAAGACAACAAUGAGCAAACCCAAAUGUAAAGACGUGGGCCUGUCUCGUGUUCGGGAAAGGAGCCAAACGGAAGCUAAUGUGGAAGAAACAUCUGAUGCCCUGCACAGUCUCACCAUAGGCACCAUGCUACAUAUCCCUAGAAUCCAGGAAAGACCAGAAUGUCCCAGUGAGGAAUUGUUGACAGGAGUUCAGGACAUGACCGAAUUAGCUAAGCUGAGAAAAGCAAUCCAGGAAAACGGUUGCACAGUGUCUGACACGAUGGAACAGGACAGCCGCAGGUUCACACACACACACAAAGCUGGGCUUGCACUGAGCGAUCGACAGCAUCGGAGGCUGCACACUGACAUGCGGGUUUUAAGGAUAAAAGCCGUGACCACCAGGAAGUGUCUGAGUGGUAUAGAAGCAGCAAAGCGACACGAGCGCAGGCUUCAACAGGCACUGAGGAAACUUCCUGCCAGCGGAGGUCCCUGCAGAAAGCGCCUCGCAGUAUUUAGUGAUGUCUUUGAUGACGUGUGUGACGGCUCACCUGCAUUCGGCAGCGUCCUCCGAGAAAUCAAGACAGAGUAUGAUUUAUACUUGAAGUCACUCCUUUUCUCCCAGUCACCACUCUGGGAUAAGUCUGCGUCUACCUCAUUCGGAGUCUCCACAGAAGCAACAGAGUUAAAGAAGGUAGUAAGCCGAGUGUUAUCACUGGAACAGGAAGCCAGGAGAGCUCUAGAGGAAAACCACAGAGCCCGAAUAGAGUGUGAAGACGCUCUGGUUGACCAGAAGGGAAAUGAAAGCUGCGAGCCGGUGGGUCAGUGUGAUGAGGUUGUGUUCGCGGGUGUGAACCCGUGUGCACUUUCCUCCGUCAGUCAGGUGGAGGCUAAAAGACAGCAGGUGUGGAAAGUGUGGGAUGAGGUCCAGAUGCUUCAGAAAGACAUCAGAGAGACCAUGGUGUCCACUGUUACCACCAGCGCUCUUGAGAACUGCAUCAGAGACUCAGAAGAUGAAAUCCUGAACCUUGCUGCUUCAAAUGUGCUUCUUCAGAGAACCAUUAAGGAUCUCGAACGAAACAUUUCAGCGAUCCUGAAAAAAGCAAAAGUCGGCGAGGAGACAACAAUGCAGGUUUGGGAGGAGAUAUGGACCACACUGAAUGGAUGAUUAGGACAUUCAAGAAUGAGCUGCCUUGUAAAAAUAUUUUAGCCAUUUAAUGAUGGUAAUCUUAACAGAAAGGUCUUACUUUGAGUUCCACAGUUUCACAGGACAGGAAGUGGCUGGUCAUUACCGAUGUGUGAGAAACUAUCGUCCUCUUUCCUGCUAUACAGUAUACAUCCUAAUUUGAAGCAUAAUUCAAAUCAAAUAUCUGGAUUUAGGAUCCUUCAUACGUCUGUCCUUACUAUGAAAUAACGUUUUAUAAUCUGCUUCCAAUCGUUUAGUUCAUAACACCAUAUAAAGUCUUCAUAGAUGGGCGAUUCUCAAAUAAAGGUCACUUUCAGACCAGCAAAAUGUUCCAUCGUGUUUGUCCAUUCAUGAUUUUGAUGUUGUUUAACUUUACAUCACUGAAGUUUAUUCAUUGUCACUGGUGUUAAAUGCACAAGCCAGAGUCAACAUCACCAGCCUCUUAAAAAACACAGCAUUAAACACACCAGCAUCAAUAUAUUCCUCAAUUACAUCCUAAUUUUUGGUAAAAAUUAUUUUACUGAAAGACAGAAAAGAGUUAACAAAGAGUAAGUUGUAGUUAACACCAGUGACAAGAAAUGCAAAAAAAUAUAAAUAUACUUUAUAUUACUCUAAUAAUAUAUUGUGAUCAUUUUUUUUAUUGCCUGCUGCAAAAGCCAAGUAGAAAAAAUAGAUGAAGAUAAUUUUCCUCAAUAAAUAAAUCUAAAUAAAUAAGACCAAGAAGAAUAUUUUUGUUUCCUUUGCUUAAUUGUGAACUUAAGGUCCUAUGAAAAAAAUACUAAAAAAUAAUUCAUGCCAUAGUUUUUGCACAAGAAUAUUUAAAAUUAUACAGGGUUGAAUCUAGGUCAUGAGGAUAUGUCAUCUUAUGAGGAACAGGGUUUGUCACCAUGUUGUGUGAAUGACUCAGACUCUUCUAAGCUGAAGGGGAGUAAAAGACUGAAGCAAAGAACUUUUGGACUAACGAGAGAGUGUAUAAAUCUGUCAGUAGACGACAAAGUCUAUGGUUUAUCAGUCAGACACCAAGCAUACUGCAUGUACUUUUGGAACCAGCUACUGAUGCCAGUUCCAUACAGGCUACCCAUUGGCCGUGUGCUGACUUGCAGUGAUUAUAUGUUUAUGCUGUUCAUCAGUUUAACCACUAGAUGUACCCAGAACCUCGCCAAUGGAUUGCAAUAAAUCGCCCAACCCAAUGACUGAAACUAUAUUUCAGAAUG